AUGGACCCCGCUGAGGCAGAUGUUCCGAAAGCAGUACUAUACUGUUGGCCAACAUCAGCUUUAGCGACCGUUCCCAGACUAGCCCUUAUCGAGAAGGGCUACAGUGAAGACGAAUAUGUGAUCAGCCCAGUUGACAUCACCAAGGGCGAGAACUUUUCCCACAACUACCUGAAAAUCAAUGCAGAUGGUGAAUGCGAAUCGAACAUGCACCCCACAGACUUCCUACUAACAGCAGGCGCCAUUCCCACUUUCGCCGUUCCGCGGAAAGAGACGAAGCUAGGAGCCGCCGAGCCCAUAUACCACAUGUUGUGUGACACCGCAGUGGGUAUCAUGGAGGUAGAGCACGCUCUGGGAAAUGCUGACCGUGGCCAGUCAAUAUGCGAGUUUAUCGAUAACUGUCUUCCGGUCGGCACGCCAGCUGCCCCAGGAGGAAGACCUUCCCCGCGACUAUCACCAGCAACACCAGCCGACCAAAGCUUAUCCUCCACAUUGAUUGAUCUGGUGCGCCAGUCGACAGUUGACCCAAAUUUCCUCUAUCUGUCCAUCGUCGACAAGAAUGAAGCUCGAAGAAAGUGGUCUGGACCGCAGGGAGCGAUGCUUGGCGCGCGAAGCCUUGCGUUGCGACGGUAUCUCCAGCAGUACCGUCAAGACGUAAUGAGUCCAGCCCCAUCGUCGCAACAAUCGGCAGAACCCAGAUUCAUCUCGUUUCUGGAACAAAAGGCUCUCUCGAAUCAGGCGAUACUCGACAUUUACACGGGCGACGCUCCAGAGGACCGGGUGCUGGAGUUCAUCGAAGCCAGCAGAGCAUCUUGGACCGUGCAUCUCCCCUCGACAUUGGCAAAGUUGGAAUCGCAAAUCGUUGGGCCAUAUUGCCUAGGGGACGACUUGACGUUCGCAGACUGCUAUGUUGUCGCCUGGCUAGCACAGAUUGUAAAGAUCUGUUCCCCAGGAAUGUCUUUGGGACCGCAUGGGCUGCAGAGCGUCGAACAGUUUAUCGGCGGCUACAGGAUUGGCCCAAAGCUGCACAUCUACUGGGGUCACUGGGCACAACGAACGAGCUUCCGAAAGGCCUUGCAGGGACUCUAG